AACUUACACGGUGUAAAAGAAAAAUCAUGGCUCGUUGCUGUUCGUUCGGCGUAGGCCUUCUGCAACUGCAAGUAGUUUAGACUUUGCGUGUUGUCAACACCAUGAAUUCUGGGCAGGUAGAGGUUUCAAUCCAGCUCAAUAUGGACCCUAUGGAUGAUGUUCACAUCUGUGGAAGAUGCAAGGCGCAGUUUACAUCAAUAGAAGCCUUCUUCGGUCAUAAGAGGUCAGGGUGCCAGACCCAGCAGAACUCUCAUUUGCCUGUUAUAGCCAAUGUGUUAAAAGCAGCCUCAUUGGUGUCCAUACGUCAGUCUGGUGAUGUGAUAACUCCAGUGACGACUACCAGUGGGCCUGCCUGCACCCCUUCCACCACCACCGCAACCAGAAAACAAAAGCGAAAACCCAUUCUUUUGGCGACAUCACCUAAGGUUGCUCAACCAGCAGCACCUACAUGUAGCAAUGCCGCUCCCACCCAGCCCUGCGACAUAAGCACCUCUGCACACACCGGCCAAAUUUUGAACAACUCGGCUCCCUUGUGUAUUCCGGGGCUUCCGCAAACCGGCAGUGUUGCGUUAACACCAUUUACAGCUGGAGGAAAUAAGGGGACAACUGGAAACUGUAAAAGUGCUCAAGGCACCACUGCUGGUGGUAAAAAAUCCACUGAAGUAAAGAGUAAGGCAAAGGGUGAAAAAUGCUAUAAGUGCCUCUAUGAAGGUUGUGACUUUGCAACCGCACACUUGAAAGAUAUCAUCCGUCAUAAGAGGAUACACACGGGUGACAGGCCUUUCACCUGCAGCUUCUGCCAGCACCGUUUCACACGGAAGGACAAGCUCCAGCUUCACAUUCGCAUCCACAACGGGCUGAAACCGUUCAAGUGUGAGGAGUGCCCUUACGCAGGCCGGGACAGUGGUAGUCUGAAGAAACACAUGCGUACUCACACCAAAGAAAGACCCUUCAAAUGCCAGAUCUGCUCUUAUGCCAGCCGCAACUCCAGCCAACUGACUACUCAUCUUAGGAUCCACACAGGGGACACGCCGUUCCACUGUAAGCAGUGCUCUGCCAAGUUUAAAAUUAAGACUGACUUGCGGCGUCACAUGCGAAUCCACACAGGUGAAAAGCCGUUCAAAUGUUCCCUGUGCCCUUACGCCAGUGCACUGAACAGUAAUCUGAAGUCGCACAUGAAGAACAAUCACUGGAGGGAGAAGAAUUUCCAGUGCAUGGAAUGCAACUUUACGUGCUGCACCAAGAAACAAUUACGGCAACAUGAACGCACUCAUCCCUCACAGAACCCAAUCAAGUGCAUGGAUUGUGACAUCCUCUGUCAAAACAAGAGGGCCUUUCGCAGACACAAGCGUGUGCACAGCAAGGAGACACCUCAAAAGUGCCCCCACUGCUCUUACAAGGCCAAAUAUCACAGUCAGGUCGCCUGUCAUCUUAAGAAGCACCAUCCUGAUCUUGCAAAACAAAAGCAGCCAAAGAAAGCGGUCAAACGGAAAAAGCCAUCGGAGGCUGGCAAAGUGGAAAGGAAGAGAAACCCCAAACCAUCGACAGUUCAGCUGAAUGGCAAGAAGCCAUUUGUGUGUGAUAAAUGCACAGAUUCUUUCAUGCGGAAGGAGUCCUAUAUGAGUCAUAUGAGACAGCACCAACAGGACACACCCACCAUUGAAAGUGCAGCAUUGGCUGUGCUGCAGCUGCAGCAGCUUCCCCCGCCACCGACAACAUGCACAGUGCCAGCUUCCAUACCUGACCCAUUUAGGCACACAGCUAACCCAAACCAGAACAACAACAGCAUCUUCAGCGAGGUGAGUCCGAGAGCAAGUUCCUGUGCCAGCGAUAUUGAAAUGCUCUUGAGUGUCAUAAACUCUCAAGCACCUCUUCCUUGUGCUCUAGAUCCCAGCACAGAUUCUACAAAUUCCAUGCAGAAACAAUCACUUGGAAAUCCAACCCAAAAUGUGGUUUCAACGCAGUUACUUCAUACUUCUGCCCCAGCUGUUUCCCUUCCGAAUGCUUCCAAGCAUGGUCCCUCUAUCAACACUUACAGUAACUCUGACUUUCCAUCUCACUCCAUCACCAUCAUCCAGCCAGAGCACAUUGAAGGUGACGAGGUUACUCUGGAAGUUAUUUCCCACGAAACUGUCACUGAAAGCUCCAGCAUCACUCCAGAGCCGGCCAGUACUGGCUACAACUUCUCAGGCAAGCCGAUUGUGCUCAGACAGCUUCCUGCCGUGAGGAAUCCACAGUUUCUUCAGUUCCCACAGUGCCAACCACCACCUAUCCAGCCAACCAAUCAACAGCUGAUACGUACCCCAAUGAAUCAGUCCUCACCCCAGUUGCCGGUCCCUGUCGGCUUAAGUGUAGCCCCCAGAGGUUUCCUUCCUCAAUUCAAUAGAACCCCAUUCUCUGUUCCCCAUUCGCAUGAUGUUGUUGGUAAUCCGACUUUGACCCAGAAGUCCCAACCACAGGGGUUGCCCAACCCAACAAACCCACAGGGCUUUCUUCAACCGCCAUCAAUGCACCAGUCACUAACACAGCAUGCUAGCAACAUGCCUUUACUCAGUGGUUUACUUCAGUGCACAACGGCAUCAUCCACCAUUCCUGAAAUUUAUCACCUGUCAACCACAUCACAGCAAAAUGGUUUAACUCAUAUGAACCAGUUUCAAACAGGUCUGCCUCAGCCACAGGCAUGCACAACAUUUUCCACCUCCAGCAUGUUGCCCCCCACCAACAUGCUACAAACGGUGACCAAGUUCCCCUUGCAGCAUCCUCACGUUGAUAACCAUGGAAGCCAGCUGCACGUCAUGUCGCAGCACCAAGUGCAGGGUACCAAGCAACCUCAGCAGAUGUCUGUGCAGGGUGUGGCGCCAGCUCCACUCAUGGGUGUGCCUCCCCCGAUAGGACCGCCUAUGUCCAUCAGAGCACUCACGCAGCAUGUAACCAACCUUCCACAGCUGGGUCUGCCACAGCAGCGGCAGCCUGGAGAACCGAUCAGACAUCAAACUUUACCUCCUCAAACGAGCAUCCUUCACGUGCCACAACUGGCUCCCAUCUCAGCCUGCAAUACCCUCAUGUCACCCAGUGCCAUCACAGACAUUAAUAUCUCAUCGCUCAGGGUCAAGAAUCAAGGAACUAUCAUCCCAACCGCCCAGUCAGCCACUUCAAGUGCUAUCUAGAUUUCUGCCUGGUCGUCUGCAGUCUUGUGUGCGCAAUGUUUAUCUGUGCCGCUAACAAAGGCAGUUCACACUCUGUCGGAGAGGCAGGCUCCACAAAAGUGGAACCCGAUUUUGACGAUUGGAUGAUGCGGAUGAGCGGGGCCCAUCCUUGCAGGAGAAUCACGAUCUUACCUACAACUCAUCAGCUGAUGAAACGGAAGACGGCAAAAGAAGAAGAACAAAAAAAAAAUUGUCCGAGGGGUGCUCGGUGAUGCCCCGAUGACAUUAACUGAUGUUGGGACAUCAGGGUUCCUGACAUGGAGGGCAGAGGCAAUUUCACAGCUGAAGAACCAUAACUAUCUUGUUUUCCACUUCCCUCGUUUUUGCAUAUUCUUGUUCAGGCCUGUUGGUGCUUUGCUCUGUACUAAUUUUAAGGAGAAAUCCUUACCAGCUGGUUUGAUUCCCUCUCGUAUGCUUUGAGACUUCUGCUGUUUGAGUGUACGCAUCUUGUGUUUCCAUUAACUGUCCUUGCAACAGUUUGGAAAUAGAUGUCGUUUCUGUCUGUCAGUCGGUUAUACUGUCUAAUGGAAGAGUUAUUUCUAAAAUGUGAUAGGUCCAUUUAAAGAAGUGACAUUUAUCAAAGAAUUAAAACAAUAUAACAGCUGUUUCUAAACUUCAUUUUGCCCUGUAUUGUC